UGCGCAUGCAUAUGUAAUAUUUAUGCAAAAGUCUCAUAAUUUUGGGAAUACUCAAUUUUUUAUCUGACUAUUAUCGUAUCACUCCUUUCUGACUAAAUAAGAAAUAUUAAUAUGUUGAUAUGGCGUCAUUGAAACAGAGUUGGAGAUUUCCUUUUAACAGCAACCGUACAAUGUACUGGUAAAAGAUAAAUGUAUAUUUAAAGAUUUAAAACAUUGGGUACAUGUCGGGUUGACAUUAUCUUCAGAGAAAGGACUGAUCGGGUAAACACAGUCUUUCUCUUUUACAAUUCAAACAAAUACAUAAGUGUAGUAGAGAGUAUAAAUGGUAUAAGUAUUUACGUAGUUAAAAUUAAAAUUAAUUGUUAAAUCAGAAUUCAAAAUGUUAGACGAAGAAAACUUUAUAUUCAUCUUUUUGUUGAACAAAUCCAAUAACAAUACGAAAUAAUGUUCAUAAGAAAAAUGACCAAUGAAUUAGGUUUGAAUAUAAGAGUGUUGCCUACAUUGUCGAAGUGUGUAUUUUAUCUUUAAUUGUAUAGUGUACUUGAUUAAGACAUGUAUACAUGUGUCCUUAGAUUGAUAAAAAUUUAUUAUAUAACUGCGUAGUCUUGUUGUAGUAAUUGACCUUUUGACUCUGAUAACCACGCAUACGUGAAAUAGUCUGUCUGUCCUCUGUUCCUUUAUCUAGAAAACUGAAAGUUUUAAAAGUCUUAAAUUGAUAUAUGGUGUUUACUAAAUUUGUUAAAAAGCGAAAAAGUAUUUAACAAUUCAAAGAUAAAAAGAAAACAUCAACCUUAUUGAAUGCACUGUUACUGAUUACUGUUACGGCCCGAGAACACAGUUAUUUCGUAGUGCAUUACUUUUAGACAAGAAACGCAAAGUAAAAAAAUCGCACCUGCUCUAUCCUAAAAAGAGUUUUACAGUGUAGUGUACUACUUUUGAGACAAGUUACAUCAAAAUUAUAGAGAAGCCUAUCGGCUCUAACUCAAAAUAUGGACAAUUUUAUGCUCAGUGAGUAUGUAAUUUAGUUUGACAGCUUCAGACAUACUAAUUUUUGACCUUUUCAAACUGGACCAAAUCACUACUUUACCUUAAAAUUCAUGCCCCAAUUUUUUUUUACAUGUAAUUUCAUCCACCUAUUUACUAUUUUUGCAUAAAAUAUAAAGAAACAAAUUUGGAAGGUAUAUAAAAAAAAUUGCAAGUUAUACAAUGUCCACACCAUGGACUCUAUUUGUCAGGACGAUAUAACUGUGUCCCCGGACCUUAUGAUUAACAUGUGUACAACAGCUACGAAAUUUAUUUGUAUUGUUCAAUUCUUUGUCUUUUAUUACACCUCAACGGAAAGACGAGGAAUAUUAUUUUACCCCCGUUCUGCCACUUCUGUCCGCUUAAUAUACUAGGUUACGGUGCUAGUAUUCAUGAGAAAAAAAUAGACUAAAAAUUAAGAAGUUCAGCAAAAAAGCAAAUAUUUUCUGACAAAUUAAAACUUGUUGAUAUAUGCUAUUAUCGACAAUGAAAUAUUUAAGUUUGUUUCAUUUAAGCUCUGACAUAUGUGCAUUUUGAAAAAAAUCGAUUGAACAUGUAUGUUUACUCAGCAGUAUUAUUAAAGUUGCAGAUCUUUAUUUUGCAGUUUUACAAUUUUCUGCAUUGCCAUUUAUUUCUCUAUCAUAUGACUUGGUUUCACACUGCAUUUUGAAAUAAAUACACAAAUAAGUAUGUGUUAUCAAACAUGCUUAUAUUAAAGAAAUCUCUAAAUGUUGCGGAAAGUUAUUUCCUCCAUAGUUGCCUCAUAAUUUGCGAUAAAUCGCUCUCCGACGUUCGGAAAGGUUUUCCGACAUCUUCCACUGGAUUCCAAACGAAUUACAAAUGCAACUUCCACGCAAGAAUAAAAUUAUCACACUAGCUAUAAGUUAUAAAUGCAAAUUAACACUGACACUGAACUUCUGUAAAAUAGUUUUGUAAAAUCUAAUUCAAAUAAAGACAACAACAAAAAUAAAAAUAUUUGUUUUCUGUUUCAUUUUAAAACGACAAAAUAUUUUAAUGGGUUAAACCGUUUUUUAAAUUAACAUUCCUCCGAUUAGACGUCAACAUAAACAAAUAAGAGGUUCCAAGGAGCAUGAAACGCUCAAUUGGUAUUUUUUGACAAAAAUAAAUUGGAUACAAUGCAAUGCAACAAGAAAGGAGGCAGAUACAGUAGAUUCUGACAUUGUGAGCAUUUUUGUCCCUGUCAGAUUUUCUCUUUCUGUUAUGGUUUUCAAGAUAUCAAACAGUUAAAAUAACACAAUUUUGUACUAGAUACAUAGGAAUCAUUCAUCGCAAGUUUUUUUGGCAGUUGGUUAUUUAGUUUCAGAGAAGAAACUCUUUGAAAAGUAUACGGCGGACACAAACAUUUGUCAAAAAUCGUCGUUGAAGGCUAUAACUCCUUAAGGACUCCUCAAAUUAUUCGUAUUUUUGUUGUUGUAGAUCUUGUACGUGCAUUUCUAAUUAUCUUUGCUGUUUACAGUUUCUACCUAUCUAUAAUAGUUUUCGAGAUCAUUGGCAAAGACGCUAAAAUUGUCAAAAAUCGUCAUUUAAGGACAAUAACUCCUUACUGGGUCAUCUAUAGUUUUCUGUCAUAUAGACAGUUUUGUAGAUCAUGUAUUCCUUUACCUGAUGUCUUCCACAAGAAUUUUUUUAGAUCCUUUCAGUUACACGGGUUCCUGAUGUAAUAAUCUUUCUUAUCAUGUGUUCCAUCAAAAAUAUUUAUUUUCUAGUAUACCGUAAUUUCUUUUUUAAGGUACUUGUUUGUAUUGUAUGGUCUUUUACGCAUCAUUUGAUAAACCGUUACAAGACAUUCAAAAAAAAAUCAAGAAGCACAGUGAGUGCAUAAUCCCAGUUAUAAUCUUUAUGGAUUGUAGUAGAAGAAACAGAUUUUAGAGUAAUUUCUAAUUGUUGGGGUGUUGGUACUGAUUUUUUUGCGUGAACCCCUGAGGGUUCACGCAUAUUUAUUAGUUAGAAAUAUAGUCUAUGGAAGAAUAUUCGGGAGCUAAAUUAUUGUUCAUUCGGAACACUUAUUCAUCUUAUCUGUAUUAGCUUCCUGCAAUUAAGAGCACCUCCAUACGGUGUAUCUAAGAUAUUUAAAACAUGGCAAUAAAGAAUUUUCACAGAUCGCUAAUUCACUUAUCUGAUAUAUGAUAAUAAACAAUCUAUAGAUCCUUUUCAAACAUGUAUAUUUAUUGUAAAGCUACAUUUUAUGCAUUGCAAGGGUUUACUGACUUGAGCAAAGUUGACAGUUGUACCCUUUGAUAAACAAGUGAAAGUUAAAUGGCCAAGAUUUAAUUAUAACGACCUAUGGUAUCAAACAUCUGUGUAUAGAUAUUCACAGAGAGGUAUUUUAAAAUAGUGCUGUGGUUUCUACAUAAUGAGUUAAAGUGGGCUUUGGGCUUUGAUUUGUAACAAUAAAAUCAUUAUGCACACUUGUCAUUUUGACAAAUCAGAUAAAAAAAAAUCUGUUUCAAAUGAAAAUAAAACAAGUAAAAUAAAGACUGUUCGUUAAUAUACAUUUUAACAACUUUUACUGUUUCCUUUUUACAGUAUUCUCUAUCAAUUCAGUUAUCUUGUAAGUUAAUUAAAUGUUUAUUUAAUUCAUUGAUGUCACUAUUAUUUCAGUGACCGCUGCAGAAAGUCUUGACUCGUUCAAGAGACUACUGCAUGCACAUUAAAUUUCAAGUCCCAUGUUUUUAUUUGCACCAUGUAUAAAUGUUAUGCAUAGCACAAAUUAUUUCCUUUCUGUUAAAAUUAUUUUUGGACUUGUUAAAUAUGCAAGCGCACACCAAAGAGUGACAGGAUAGUCACCUAAAUGACGGUGGUCACUUAGUGGUAGAAGUAGAAAUUUCUUAUGUUAUUCACACACUGUAAUGCUCUUAAAUUUAUGUGUGUUUUGGAUGUGCACUAGUGAUUGGUAAAUAUUGAUACGUUUCUGUGUUUUUAAUAUAUGUGACUUAACAUCAAGAAUUUCAUUAUUAUGGAAUCGUUCACUUUUGUACACUACGGUAUCUAAAUAGAGGGUGGUAAAAGGGAGGGUCGGAACACGGAAACACGUGAAAUAACAAACCACAAAAACGUUGCACGGAAAAAAACCACUCUGGAAAAACGAAGCCAAGGAAUAAAAUCGUAAAUAUUAAGGAAAAAAGUACCAAAAGUUAUUACUCAGCCGUUCUUGAAAAUCAUGCAGUCAUUAUAAAUGGACAUGGCGAUCCUGCAUGUGGUCACCUUUUAGCGUCCGUUAGUUGCAUCCGAUUUAUCAUGGUAAUACAAUAGGCUAUUAAUAAAUAUCUUGGGACCAGUAAUUAGUUUAUAAUUUAAAACAAUAUUUGGACUGACUUUGAAUUAGUCCCUGUUUACUUUUUAAUCAAAUGCGGGACAAGCACGAGAAAAUCAGAGUACCGACACGAAACACGCAAAAUAAUUAAGGGAAAACACGAAGCACGCAAAUCGAACCAAACACGAGAAAACGAGAAAUAAAACGUCGAAACACGGAAACACGUGAAGUAAAAAGGCCGAAAACGUUGCACGAAAAUAACACUUUACCACCCUCUUAAUAGACCAUACUAGAUGUCGACACCUCAUAUUAGAACUUAAGUAGAUGGUCAAUUUCGUUUGCAAGGUUAAAGAAAUCUUCAACUUGCUCUAAUUUGCCUGUGAAGACCAUAAAACCGUCAUCCCUAUUGACAGUGUAAUUUGAUGUUUUCUCUCCAUUGGAACUUAUCUAAGAUUUUAAUGAAUAGGGCAGACAGAUGCAGAUCUGUACAUGUUGGUGACAAUGGGCGCUCCUAUUAUUUGUUUGUAUAACAGUCCAUUAAACUCAAAUUCAUUGUUUCUAAGAAUUAAUUUAACAAAUGCAGUUAAAUCUAUUUUGUUGAGAAUCUUUAAAGUAUAUUCUCAUGUGUGUCAAUAAAUUCUAUUGCAUUGGUAACAUUUUUUUCUAAAUUAUCAAUCAUCAUAUUUGUGUACAUUGACGUACAUCAUAGGCAAUAAGAAUGCAUACUUUUUUACCUCGUGUGACUCUAUUUUAUUAAUGAGAUUUUUUUGUAUCUUGAAUGUAAAAGUUAUGCCUCUUGAAUAAUUGGAUGUUGGAUGUGUACUAAUUGAUAAUUUAGUCUUAGAUGCAUGAUUUUUUUAAUUAGUUGUUAGUGGCUUUGAACAAGCUGUCAGUAACUGCGAGUACUCUCAGAUCUGUACUUAGUGUCUAUUUGUUGUUGGGAUAUACAAGUACCCGGCCACGUCCACUCUGUGUAGUAUUUCUGUUUGUAUCCAUCUGAUGAGUUAAGCCUUUUUCAACUGAUUUUUAUAGUUCGUUCUUAUGUUGUACUGUUACACCACUGUCCCAGGUUAGGGGAGGGUUGGGAUCCCGCUAACAUGUUUAACCCCGCCACAUUCUGUGCCUGUCCCAAGUCAGGAGCCUGUAAUUCAGUGGUUGUCGUUUGUUGAUGUGUUACAUAUUUGUUUUUCGUUCAUUUUUUGUACAUAAGUUAGGCCGUUAAUUUUUCUCGUUUGAAUUGUUUUACAUUUGUCAUUUCGGGGCCUUUUAUAGCUGACUAUGCGGUACGGACUUUGCUCAUUGUUGAAGGCCAUACGGUGACCUAUAGUUGUUAAUUUCUGUGUCAUUUGGUCUCUUGUGGAGAGUUGUCUCAUUGGCAAUCAUACCACAUCUUCUUUUUUAUAUUUAUAAUUAGAUCAAGUAAGUAUCUCUCGCGGGAGAGUUACACUUAUUGAUGAUUGGUCGGUAACGAACAUUAAUGUGUCCUGCUAGCUGACCAGUUUGCAAUGCCUCAUUACUUAUUUCUAGAUUAAUUUUAUGAAUUUUUGGAAGAAGGUACAUGUGUCCUCCAUGUUUUGAAUUAUUAUUAUUCUUUAAGAAAUUAUACGUCUGGGAAUCUUUUUUUUCACUCCUUGCUUUAUAUCUAACACUUCUCUCAACAUGCCAAAAUUGUAAUGAUUUACAUGUACAAUAAAAAGAAAAUAUUAUCCCUCACACACAUGGCCAAGAUAACACUGAUAUAUAAUUUCUUAUUCAGUUGAAUUAAUAAUUAGAAUAAAAAAGUUCUAAGGUUCACGUAUUGUCUUUUUUUUUUAAAAAGCAACUUGUUUUUGUGUUAAAGAAUGUAAAAUAUGUGAAAUGGCAUUGAACUGUGACCUAGUGACCCAAAAAUCUGCAUGGGGUCUCUUUAUAAAAGGUCAUUACCAAACUAAGUUUAGUGAAUGUUGGACAUAUGGUUAUAUUUAACCCGGAAAUUAAAAUUUCAGCCUAUCAAAAGCUGCUGUGACCUUGACCUUUGACCUAUUGAUCCGAAAUCAAUACGGUUUCUCAUUCAAUGGGGCUUUAUCAGUCCAAGUUUGUGAAAGUUAGUCGCAUGGUUCAAAAGAUAACAUCCGAAAACCAAUAGUUUACCCAAAUUUCAAACUUGGGGGCACUUACUAUGUAAUUAAUGGUGGGGAUGAGCCGGUAGAAUAGGUCACUAUUUCAAGCUUCAAGAAAAAUGAUAAGGUCGAAAAAUUAAAAUAAAUAAAUGAAUGACAAGGUUGCUGUUUGAAUCAUAAGUAGUUCACAUAUGCGAUUAAAACCACAAUCGUAAAUGCAUCAGAUAUUUAUCACAUCUAUUUAUCUCUCACUGAAAUAGCUUAAUCAUUAUAGCUUAAUGUAUAUGUUAUGUUAAGAAAUAUAUCAUAGGAUAUGAAUUGCUUUAUUUAAAAUAUAGGAAAAGGGUGGGAAACUGGAUGUCUCAGCUGCUCACCACUACCACAAAAGGAUUGAAGUGCCCUUCCCCAAGAUUUCAACCUACAAAUGCUGCUGCAACCUUAAUAAGGUUCUUUCUCACACCAUAGUACAUUAUCACAUCACAUUUGGUAACGAUAUUGUUUAUAGCCUAAAAGAUGGUGUAUGCCCAGCAUUCAUCAUUAAAGCUUUAACAAAAAAUUAUUUAACCCCUCACUUAUCCAUGUGUUUAUCUCAAGUCAGGACCCUUGUCGGUAGUUGUCUUAUGACAUGUUUUAACAUAAUAAUUAGAGAAUCAGGUAUAGAUGGCACGUCUUUGAUAUUUUCUGUUUAACUUAUUCAUUUCUUUGUUUAGACUCGUGACGAUUUAGAGCAUACAAUGUGUAUAAACAGUCAUGUCUAUUGUUGAAGACUGUAUGUUAUCCUCUACAUGUCUAUUGUUGAAGACUGUAUGUUAUCCUCUACAUGUCUAUUGUUGAAGACUGUAUGUUAUCCUCUACAUGUCUAUAGUUGAAGACUGUAUGUUAUCCUCUACAUGUCUAUUGUUGAAGACUGUGUGUUAUCCUCUACAUGUCAUUUGUUGAAUUAAGGAAUGACUGUAAUAAUUUUUCUGUCUAUGAAGAAAUAACAUCAAAAAUGUAGUGCACACUGAAUAACCCGCGUAGCGGGUUAUUUUUAAGUGUGUCCACAUUUUUUAUGUUAUUUCGAAUAGACAGAAAAAAUAUAACAGUCAUUUCUUAUAAUUUAAUUCUAAAUUUCAUUUUAAACCAGAGUAAACCAUGAAAAAACGUUGAUGACGUCACGAUCACAUGACAAAAUUAUGUCUAUGAGCUGAUAAACAAAACAACGUCAGCCAAUCAGAAGACGCGUUACAUCCAAAAUUUAAUCAUUUGUUUAAUAUCAUUGAUUUUGUUGUGUCGUUGGCAUAUUCCACAAUUUAUUUCAUUUAUCAACAUUCCACCUAAUUGAUUAUUGACAAAGGAAAAUAUGAUUAUAGGAAAACAUACCGGCCGACUAAAUGCGAGACAUUAUAUUGAAACUGAACACAUACAUAUAUACUCAAAAAAAGUAAUAAGGCUUUGUAAUAGUUUCUCAUCCCCCUUGUUAUUCAUUACUUCAGGUCUGUUUGAUAUAGUGUAGAAUGUUCAUAGUAAUGCAUUAAAGUCCAAAAAUGUGCCAAGAUUGGCGUUUAAAUUUCAGAAAAGUGAUAUUGGACGACCCUUGUAUAUGACAGAUGGGGGUAAUAACUCAUAGUCUUAGUCAAUUAAACACCAAAUCGCAUUUAAUUUAAUUCAAAUAUAUCAGCAUUAAUGUGAAAAAAUAUCAAUCAUGCAUUUAAUUGAGUACACGGCGAAGUCCACAAUAAAAAUUGUGUUCACUGGGUUUCCGUAUAUCUAAAUUCGACGUCCGAACAUUUAGCUCGUCGGAUUCAUAUCUAUCUUAUUUGAUUACCUUAUACUUGUAAUGAAACAUAAUUAUCUAGAAACAAAACAAAAAAUACAAAACUACAUGAAAUAUAGAAUAGCAAUUGAUUAAAAAGACUGAAAUGAAUGAAAACAGAGGAAAUGCCUGAACGAUAAAUUUAAAGGAAAUAAUGAACGGAAGAGUAACUAUAAUUUGUCACCAGAAAUUUAUGGAAAUUACCACUGUCACAGGAUGAACAUACCGCUUUUGUGUAUCUAUUCACUGGAGGCAGUCUCAUGUCCCCCCCUAAAAAAGGCUGGUGUUCCUGUAAGAUAUUUAUCAACUAUUUAGUAGUUAAAUUUAAAAUUUAAAAUAGAUGCAAUAGGAAAUUUAAUGAAAUAUAUAAUAAAUUAUCAUAUGUAUUUAUCAUAUUUAUCACUAUUACAAUGCAAAUAACAACAUGUGAUCAAUAUUGAUAAUAUUUUAUUUACACAUAGUGCAAGGAAGGGGUGUUCUAAAACACUCUUCCUUUAAAUACAGUUUUCAAAUUAUGGAGUAUACGUGUGUUUUUUAUUUAAUACUGUGUUACGUAUGUGUAAUAUUUGGACAAGAUCCCGCGUGUUCAGGCAGAGAUCAGUGUUCAUGUGUGACUCCUGACAAUCAAGUUAUAGAUCUCAGUUCUUUAGGAAAAACCGAUGGAAAUGCGAUGUUUCCAGAUUUACAAGCACCAGAUGGUUACAUGUAUUCAUACAAUCCAUGUUACCCGUUCACAGAAGUUGCAUGUGUUGAUCAGGCAGUUUGUCAAGUUCCAGUAGACAGAUCCACAUCUUAUCCAGCUGGAGACGCUACUUCCGCUGUGUUUUCAAACGAUGGCAUCAAUAACCGUGUGACGUAUUCCUCAACAGAUAGCGCUGGCACGACAAGAACGUCACAAGUAACACUUAUAUGUGAUCCUAGCGCGAAUACUCCAACAAUGACACCUCUGGGUGAACAAGGGAGCAGCAUAUAUUACUUAACACUGACAUCAAAAUGUUGUUGCCCUGGAGGAUGUGCAGAUGGUCCUCCACCGACGGAUCCUAGUCCAACGAAGAGGCCUGGUGAACCAGGAGAAGUAGAUGGUCUAAGUAUUGGCAGUAUUCUUUGUAUUGUAGUCCUUUGUGUUGGUGUUGUUUACUUGAUCGGAGGAGUUUUGUUUAUGAAAUUCAGAAUGCAUGCAUCAGGAGCGGAUUUAAUGCCUAAUAAAACAUUCUGGACAGGUGUUCCUGCUAAUAUCAAGACUGGAUUCCAGUACACAUAUGGCAAAGUCCGCGGGAAGCCAUCACCUGGAUAUUCAUCGAUAUGACAGAAUUAAAACAUUUAUUAAUAAGGACAUACUGCAUUAUAUUAUUUUUAUAAUUUUGUACAUUUCAGCUUUGAUAAAUGUUUUCAUGUUUCACUUUGCGAAUUUCACCUUUAUACUUGAAGGAUACGUUGCAAUAAAACGAUGAUGUCACA